UGCAGGGAUUUAAUUGGUCAACAGGAGAGGGGGAGGGGCUUCUCUUUGCUCGAUUGGCUCUGCGGUGAUGUGAUACAGCUGCAGGAGGAGAGAAGCUGCUGCUGGCUGAGAAGGAGGAUGAGGAGAGGUGAAGAGGAUGAAGAGUUAGUUACUCUGCACUCCGAUCCUAUUAAAACUGCAGAAUUAUAGAAAAAGUGCGAUUCAGCAAUGUUCCCCACUUUUACUGCUCUUUAACUGGAUCAGUUCAGACUUUCAGUACUUUUCUAGUUUGCAUAUGUUUCAUUUCUGAAGGCGGCCACACCGGGAAGAUGUUGCUCAAGUUGUUAAAAUGGACAGUUUGCGUUCUCGGGCUCCUCACGACGAGCAACGCCUCACCUGACGACGCAUCGGUCGACUUCGGGGGAGAGUCCGGUUCCGGGAUGCUGCAAACAGAUGAGGUGAACAUCCUGCAGGAGCUUUCUUUUCAUAUCACAAACAGCAGUAAUGCCUCCAUGACUGUGGGUGAGAGCAAGUGUCCAGUCCUGCAGGUGGGACAGUACUCCACCUUGGCCCUCCCUCUGAGACAGAUCUUCAUCGAUGGGUUUGCAGAUGAGUUCAGUUUGCUGGUACAGUUGCGAAGUCCUCAGAAGGAAGAACGAAGUGUCUUCACUAUGCUCAGCCCCGACAAUCAUGUCAUGCUGCAGCUGCGGAUCAGUGCUCAUGCCAUCAUCUUCAUAGGAACGCAGCAGAGACACUAUGAGUUCCCGGUCAGUGGUUUGUCUGAUGGAAAGUGGCACCAUGUGGCUAUCAGUGUGGCUGCCAAGCGGCUCGCACUCUAUGUGGACUGCUCUCUGCUGGAGAGUGUGGACUGGGUUUACUACGGCAUGGGGAUCAGCACCGACGGCCUGCUCAUGGUUGGAGGAACUAUUGAGAGCUUUGAAACUCCAUUUGAAGGUCAUCUUCAACAGCUGGCCUUCCUGAUGGGAGAUCCAGAUGCUGCCCAGCAGCACUGUAGCCACCACCCACCCCUCUGCAGUGUCACUGCCCUCAAGCCUCCCCGCUUACCACGCACCAACAACCCGCUGCAGAAUAUACUGUUGUCCUCAAAUGACCUGGAGAACCUGCUGGGGGAUCCAAAGGACAAGUCUUUUUUGAGCUUUGGCCGAACUAAUGCGUUCCUGCGACGAGAAAGUUCACGAGGCGAUGGGACGGUCCCUUCUAGACCCAAUCGGAAAGGUUCAGUAGGUCGUGGGGAUGUCCUUUUGGUGGAUGAGGACACUGACUUGUUGGAUACGAUCUUCCAAAAUGGCAGACAAGUGAACCCACGGUUAAAACCUUCCAGAAAUGGACCGAAGGGAAGCCAGAAAGGGAAACCUGAACUAUCAUCUAAAAAUAUGGAGGAAAACAUUACCACAGAGAAGAAAAAAGAUUCUAAUGGGAGGACUUCAUCACUGUUUCCUGGAAAGCCUUCAGAUGAUGUAAUAGACCUGGACAUUGGAGGUUCUCCUAAGAAGCCCUCGCUAGGUUUUCCUGCACCUCCUAAGAUUCCUUCAGAUCCCAGAUCCACCACAGAUUCCAGCAAAGAGACCACAACUAUUUCACCUUUACCUGAUGUCAAGGGGAGCUCCCGCACCACGCAGAGUUCCAUACAGUUUGAUCGUAGACAUGAGCACAAAGGCAGACUACCAGAAAAAGGCCGCCCUGCAACUGUAGCCAUUGUGUCUAGAGAUGGAAACCUGGUUUUGGGCUCAGAUGGCAAAAUGUACCGGCUUCAGAGAGGCCCACCUGGCCGUAUGGGUCCGCCCGGGCUGGAAGGUUGUCCUGGUGAGCCUGGCCUCCCUGGGUUUAAAGGUGAUAAGGGAAAGACAGGCCCUGAAGGGAGACAAGGAAACAAGGGGGAGAGGGGACCUCCUGGACCGCCAGGUUUACCAACCCUCUACCUGUGGAGGAACACUGCUGAGGAAUGGGCUGCAUUCCAGCAAACCAGUUUCUACCAGUUGCUUGCUGCAGGUUGGCCUAGUAGAGAAGGCCCCGCAGGACCACCUGGAGAAAUGGGCAGGCCUGGCAGACAGGGGCCACCUGGUGAACCCGGGGAGCGAGGAAGACCAGGGAUGCCAGGAGAGAUGGGGGAUCGAGGUCCUCGUGGCCCUCCAGGACGAUCCGGGACUGCAGGGCGAGAUGGGGACAAUGGGGAAGAUGGUCAGCCGGGGUCACCUGGUGUUCCCGGAUCACAGGGCCCGUGGGGAUACAGGGGAGAGCGAGGACCUAAAGGGGAAAAAGGUGAUGAGGGUCUUACUGGCCCCAGAGGUCCAAGAGGUGAAAUUGGUGAACCUGGCGAGAAGGGUGGAACUGGUUUACCUGGUCCACAAGGCCCUGUUGGACCCCGCGGGCCUCAGGGAAUCCGAGGUGGCGCUGGGCCAGAGGGACCCCCUGGGCCUGAUGGGGAGAGCGGACUGGAUGGCCUCCCAGGUCUGCCAGGGCCGCCGGGUGCACCAGGUGCUACAGGACGAGUUGGCGCACAAGGAGUUAAUGGCUCAAGGGGGGACAUUGGACCUGCUGGCUGUGUUGGCCCUAAAGGCCCACAGGGGGCUCCAGGUUUCGAGGGACAGAUUGGACCUACGGGACUCAGAGGACCGCAAGGGCAUCUAGGAUUGACGGGUUCUCCUGGCCCCAAAGGAGAUCCUGGGCCUGUGGGGCCUAUGGGGGCCCGGGGGGAUCCCGGCUCAGAGGGACCAAUGGGUGCACCAGGGAGAAAGGGUGAUGUGGGUUUUCCUGGAAGAACGGGUAACAGAGGACCAGACGGGGAAAAGGGUGAUCCAGGAGCUAAAGGCGACAGAGGUAUACAGGGGGCAACAGGCAUUAGCGGUCCUCAGGGAGAGAGGGGCCUCGUUGGAUUCCCAGGUUUCCCAGGAGCCAAAGGCCAGCCCGGCCCUGAAGGCACUGAGGGCAUCGAUGGCGAAACUGGCCUCCAGGGAAAACAGGGCAGCCGUGGGUUAAAGGGAAACAGAGGACCAGAUGGACGUGAUGGCAAACCAGGACCCAGGGGGAACAAGGGUUUGACCGGACAAAGAGGUCAUCCUGGCCAACCAGGCCCACCGGGUUUGCCGGGGCCACCUGGAACAGAGGGAGCAGAAGGAAAGCCUGGUACACAGGGUCCCUCAGGUGCAGCUGGUGUUGCUGGUACUAAAGGACCGAUGGGGUUUCAAGGAAUUCCCGGAGUGAGAGGAACAGAUGGUCCACCAGGUUCUGCGGGGCCAACGGGGAAGUCGGGGCCUCCAGGAUCACCAGGACCCCCAGGAGAAAGGGGUUUCACAGGGAAGCCAGGCUUGGAGGGACCUCAGGGCCCUGUAGGCAUGUAUGGUAUCCCAGGAACUGUGGGAAUGCGCGGGCCUCCAGGUUUGACAGGACAGAGGGGGGAGCCAGGUUUACGAGGAUUACCCGGGCCUGUUGGGAAGCCAGGACCUCCAGGUUUGCAAGGUCCUCCUGGAGAGAAGGGACCCCGGGGACCACAGGGUCGUCCAGGAGAUGACGGGCCCAAUGGGAUACAGGGUCCACAAGGUCCUCCAGGUCUACCAGGUCCUGAUGGGGCAAUUGGAAAACCAGGACCAAUGGGAAGCAAAGGGCCUCCAGGACCUCAGGGACCACAGGGACAAGCAGGAAUCCCAGGUCCGCAGGGUGCUGAUGGAUUAUCAGGGGACUCGGGGGAAAGAGGACCUAAGGGUUUACCUGGAUUACCUGGAGAAGCAGGCCCCAUGGGACGACAAGGACAGCAGGGUCCUCCUGGCCACACAGGAAUCGAGGGCCCACCUGGAAGGAAAGGAGACCAGGGGGAUUUAGGACCUUGUGGGAAACCUGGUCCUAAAGGGCCACCAGGAGAGAGGGGACCUCAGGGGGGGAAAGGACUACAAGGACCACCUGGACCAGUCGGUAAAGAGGGGGAUGUUGGACUUCCCGGUGAAGCUGGAGAUCCUGGACCCAAGGGGGAGAAGGGUGAGCUGGGACCUCUUGGUUUGUCUGGUCGAGAGGGUCCCUGGGGACCCCUCGGAGAAAAUGGUGACAGGGGUCCAAAGGGGGAGAAGGGCAACUUGGGACUGAUGGGUGAACCAGGACUGAUGGGUGAACUAGGCCCUGUGGGUCUGCCUGGGUUACUGGGAAUGACAGGUCCUCCUGGACGUCCAGGUCCCGAUGGACCUCAGGGAGAGAAGGGCGAGCAUGGGCCUGUAGGAAUUACUGGACCGCCGGGUUCAGGAGGCCCUCGGGGGAUAAUGGGGUCACAUGGUGUCAGAGGAGAUCCUGGGAGGCUCGGACCACCUGGUCCAGUAGGACAUGCAGGACCAAAGGGACAUGAGGGAAGUAAAGGAGAACCUGGGGAACUGGGACUCAAGGGAGAGCCAGGACCUCCAGGCCCACCAGGGGAGCCGGGCGAUGAUGGUCUUCCAGGAAUUCAGGGUCCUGGAGCUCUGCCAGGGUUAGAGGGGCCUCCCGGAGAGGUGGGGACCCCAGGGUCUCUCAGGUCCUAUAGGUGUUCCUGGAGUUCAAGGAAGACCGGGACCUGAAGGCAAACAGGGCAUGAAGGGGGAGAAGGGAGAAGAAGGCAAGACUGGUUCACCAGGGAAGAGGGGUCAUGUUGGAAGGAGG